AUGGAGAAGGCAGUGACGGCUCCUGUGGCCCCGCUGGAAGGAGGUGUAGUGGCUCCCGGAGUGGCAGAGGCCUCCGCAGCGGAUAAAUCGGAUGCCGGGUGGACCACCAAGACACCAGGACGCAAGGGCAGCGCUGGACAGAAGGCGCGAAACGAAGGUUUGAGUCCAAGAUUCCGAGUUGGCAACAAUGGAAAGAAUCCAAGCUCAAAAGACGCUAAACAGCACCAGAGGACCGCCAAGCCUAGUUUCCCACCCAAAGGAACGAGGCCUCAAGCACCACCAGAGUACAUUUUCCAGAUGGUGGUUCGUAUUCAUGAUCUUGCGCAGCAACGUCGGCUUGAGGAAUUCGAAAGCCGUGUCAAUGCAAUCAAGGACGAGGAGGAAAGGGCGAAAUUACAGGCGAAUUGGACUGACAGUCUCCCUGCUAAGACGUUGGAGCGCUUUGGCCGUUUUGCAGACCAAUGGGACUACACCAUCCGCGAUGACAAGCUCCGCCUCGCUCGAACGGUGUACAGCUGGCUCAUCUAG